AACUAAGUCCGUUUCUGUUUAUCUGUCGACGUGGUUUAAGUGGAAUGUUUACGUCAUCCCAGCAUUUUGGAACUCGGUAUUAAUGUGGGGGCGUACCACGUGACCUGGCUGUAAAACAUGGCCGCCUCCUGCUGGCUGUGGGAGGAGCGACAGCUGACAAAGAAAUCCUGACAGUUUAAAGAAUCACGUCACAACGCGGCCUCGUCCACAUGACAGUAGAGCAACACGCGCACGUCGUCCAUGUAUUAAUAAUAUACAGUAAGCCCCGGCCUUAAGAGGGAGGAGUCCAACUUGCAACCCCCACAGAAACAAAAGGUUGCUGUGCAAAGGGCAUUCAUGCUGAUGUCCUGUAGGGCAAAUCAAGAAUCAUGACCCGAGUGGGGAACUGACAGAGGAAGACCUUCACCGUCUGACUGGGAUAAGGACCCCGCCUCCCAGCCGCCAUGCAGAUAAACCCGGUGCUGGUGGAGUCCGCUGUGGUGUCGGCGGUGGUGCUGUGCGUGCACGUGGCGGUGUGGAACCAGCACUCGUGGUGCACUGUCGCCCUCGUCAUCCAGGCCUUCUAUGUCCAGCACAAAUGGGACUGCCUGCUGAAGUCGGGGGGCGCUGUGUUCCAGUUCCGUCCGGCGGCCAACAGCGGCAUCGUUCCGGCCUCCAUGGUGAUGCCCCUGGUGGGUCUGGUGUUGAGGGUGAAGUGCUUGGAGGCGGGAAGCGUUCACUUGGAGCGCUUCUCCAUGGUGGUGACUGUCAGCGGCAUGACGCUGGCGCUCUUCCUCUCGCUGAUCGCGCUGGGCAUCACCCGGCCCGUGCCCACCAACACCGGUGUAAUCGCCGGCUUGGCCGCCAGCGCCAUCUUCUACACCGCCAAGCAGACGCUGACGGUGUCAGAGGUCAUUGAGGUGCUGGAGGUGCUGCUGAUCUUCGUCUACCUCAGCCUGAUUGUGUUGUACCUGCUGCCGCGCUGCUUCACGCCCGGCGAGGCUCUGCUGGUGGUGGGCGCCAUCAGCUUCGUGGUCAACCAGCUCAUCAAGCGCUCGCUGAGUCUGCCUGAGGCAAAGGGCGAACCCGUCAAGUACCUUCUGCCGGUGCUGGUGGUGGGCUCGCUGCUGCUGGGCGUCUUCUUCGCUCUGCUCUUCUGCUUCAUGGAGUCCGAGACGUGGGUGUCGUCUCUUUUCUUCCACACGAUGACAGCCGUGCUGGGCCUGGGCGUCAUCAUGCCGUGGCUCUCGCUCUUCAUCGGACGCCAUCCCAUCACGUGGCUGUGGGACUUUGUCACGCUCAACGACCGGCGGCUUGGUUUGAUAGGGUACUGGGUCUUGCUGUGUGCCUUGGCUACCUGCGUGGUGCUGCAACAGAACCACCAGCGCCAGUCUGGGUCCAAGAAGCACCAGGCCUCCACUGUGGUCAGGAAGUACUUCCAUCUCAUCGUGGUGGCCACCUUUGUUCCGGGUCUUCUGUAUGACCGCCAGCUGCUGCACGUGGCAUCCGUGGGCUGCUUGGCCGUCUUCCUCUUCCUGGAAUACGUGCGUUACUUUCGCAUCAAGCCGCUGGGUCAGCCGCUGCGACAGCUGCUCACUUUGUUCUUGGACGAGCGCGACUCUGGACCCCUCAUCCUGACUCACAUCUACCUGCUCCUCGGCAUGGCCCUCCCCGUCUGGCUUUUCCCGGACGCCUGCGCGCCAAAGGGGAUUCUUCCCGGCGCCGGCGCCCUGGUGCCCUACGCCGGCGUGCUCGCCGUAGGGGUGGGCGACACCGUGGCCUCCGUCUUCGGCAGCACCAUGGGGGAGAUCCGCUGGCCCGGCACCAAAAAGACGAUGGAGGGGACGGCGACGUCCGUGUUCGCACAGAUCAUCGCCGUGGCCAUUUUUCUCAUCUUUGACGGGAGCAUCAACUUAAACUCCACCUACUCGUGGAUCGUGGGUUCCAUCACGCUGGUGGCCAUGCUGGAGGCGUACACCUCCCAGAUAGACAACCUCCUCCUGCCCCUCUACCUCCUAAUCCUGCUCAUGCUCUGACUGGAGCAAGAACGCCCCCCUUUGAAAUAUUACUUUUACUGGCAAAAGAACAACAUUUGUAAUGUUUUGUUUGAAGGAGGCAAGUUGACACGCUUCAGUCAAAGUAUGAAUUAUGGAAAUCAGCACAAACAUGGCCUUUGAAGAACAUUCAUGUUUGUUUAUGAACUGUCCUGAUGGUAAUAUUUUUAGCUAUGGUAUCGAGCGGGGGUGUCCAAAGUGGCCUCACACAAAAAUGUAAAUGUCUAUCAAAUGAAACACAUGAAUUCAUUACCGUGGAUGGUUGUUUGUCUAUGUGUGCCCCGCCUCUCGCCCAAAGACAGCUGGGAUAGGCUCCAGCAUAUCUUUAGUGAGGGAAAGCGGUAUAGAAAAUGGAUGGAUGGAUCAUUUAAAAAUAACUUACUUUUGAGCCUUUUUAACAAAUAUAAAAGUGUCAAAGUGGGCCCCAUGCAUCCUUUGAUUUUUCAGAAUAAUUUUGGACACCCGUGGGUGAGGCUGCUUCCUACUGGACAAAAGUAGGUUCUGUUUUUGUAGGUUUACUCCACUGGUGUGAUAGGGACCUUGAAAGGCGUACUUAAAUUGUUGAUCUUGUUUCCCCCCCACAUUAUGUUAUCAAAUUGAAUGUUUCUGUUGUGAUGACCAGUAUCAGCAUGAGCCUGCAUUGUUUUUUAAAACAUGUAACGACUAAGCCAUCAAAACUUCGAGUUCCAAUCGAUUUCAGCAAAAAUGUGUUUCAAACUCAUUGCAUGACAUUGAGUUGCUGUUUUUUUUUCUGUGAAAGAGAUCCUACUUGAAAUGAGCCUGUUUUGACAAUAAAAGUACUGCACUAGCAAA